AUGUGCUGCGAGAAGUGGAACCACGUGGCCGAAAUGCUGCUCUUCAUUGAGGACCGCGACGAGGAGUACAAGAUCCUUUGCCUCUGCUCCCGGGCAUUUGUGGAAAAUGCUGAUAUUGACCAGGUGGCGUCUUUGGCUGGGCCUGGAGGGCAAGUAGAAAUAGAGCAGAACUUUCUUAACAACAAAUUAAAGACAAUCACUGCAUAUUUUGGUGACCUGAUCAGAAGACCAGCCUCUGAAGCGGAAGUUAAGCAUCAGGGCCAGGUGGUGGCAGGUUUUGUGAAUGAUUCUGUUGCUAAGUCCAUCGUGGCUUUGCGUUUAACUCUGGUGGUGAAGGCCAGCACCUGUGUGCCUGGGGACAGCCACUCGAAUGACUUAGAGUGUUCAGGAAAAGGAAAAUGUGCCACGAAGCCAUCAGAGGCAACUUUUUCCUGCACCUGUGAGGACCAGUACAUUGGCACAUUCUGUGAAGAAUUUGAUGCUUGCCAGAGGAAACCCUGCCAGAAUGAAGCAAGCUGUAUCGAUGCAAAUGAGAAGCAGGAUGGAAGCAAUUUCACUUGCCACUGCCUUCCUGGUUAUACUGGAGAGUUUGCCAGUCCAAGAUUGAUUACUGGUGUCCUCGAUCCUUGCAGAAAUGGAGCUACAUGUGUAUCCAGUCUCAGUGGGUUCACCUGCCAGUGUCUGGAAGGAUACUUUGGCGCUGCUUGUGAAGAGAAGGUAGACCCUUGCAUGUCAUCUCCAUGUCAGAACAAUGGUUCCUGCUAUGUGGAUGGCGUGACCUUCACCUGCAGCUGCAGCCCAGGCUUCACAGGGCCGACGUGUGCCCAGCUUGUGGACUUCUGUGCCCUCAGCCCAUGUGCUCACGGCACAUGCCGCAGCGUGGGCACCAGCUACAAGUGCCUCUGUGAUCCAGGUUACCAUGGCCUCUACUGUGAGGAAGAAUACAAUGAGUGCCUGUCUGCUCCUUGCCUGAAUGCUGCCACCUGCAGGGACCUCGUCAAUGGUUAUGAGUGUGUGUGCCUGGCAGAAUACAAAGGAACACACUGUGAACUGUACAAGGACCCCUGUGCUAACAUCAGCUGUCUGAACGGCGGUACCUGUGACAGCGAGGGCCUGAAUGGCACAUGCAUCUGUGCACCAGGGUUCACAGGUGAAGAGUGUGACAUUGACAUCAAUGAAUGUGACAGUCACCCUUGUCAUCAUGCUGGAACCUGCUUGGAUCAGCCCAAUGGUUAUAACUGCCACUGCCCUCAUGGCUGGGUGGGAGCAAAACUGUGA